AUGGGCGACGAAUUAUUCGGGCACAGACGAGGAGGAGGAAGAGGAAAAGGGCUGCUGAUUGGUUCGUUGUGCGGCGGCGCACCGGCGCCGGCGCAGGGGAUCGAACAGCUUUCGAGCAGCCGCCAUAGCUUCUCCACUGGGAUUCUUCCUUCUCUUGGCGCCAGAAGCAAUCGCACCAUAAAGCUUCGAUCUUUCAUCGUCUCACCAUAUGACCGUCGUUACAGAGCAUGGGAGACCUUUCUCGUUAUUCUAGUUGUCUACACGGCCUGGGUUUCGCCAUUCGAGUUUGGGUUUCUCGAAAAACCUCAGGGACCUCUGUCGAUCAUGGACAACGUGGUUAAUGGGUUUUUCGCCAUUGAUAUCAUCUUAACAUUCUUUGUGGCUUAUUUGGAAAAGAGCACUUACCUUCUGGUGGACGACCCGAAAAAGAUUGCUUGGAAAUACACGACUUCUUGGCUGGCGUUUGAUAUUAUAUCCAUAAUCCCUUCUGAACUCGCUCGUAAAAUCUCCACCUUCCGUUUUUAUGGCUUAUUCAACAUGCUCCGUCUCUGGCGUCUCAGACGAGUCAGCGCCUUGUUUUCUCGACUGGAGAAGGAUAGGAACUUCAACUACUUUUGGGUUCGGUGCGCUAAGCUUAUAUGUGUUACCUUGUUCGCGGUUCAUUGUGCCGGUUGCUUUUAUUAUGUGCUGGCAGCUCAUUACCCGAACCCCUCAAAUACGUGGAUUGGAGUAAGCAUGCCCGAUUACCUUAGGCAGAGCCUGUGGACUCGUUACGUGAUGUCAAUAUACUGGUCAAUCACGACUUUGACUACUGUUGGGUAUGGGGAUUUGCAUGCACAAAACAUUAGGGAAAUGUUAUUCUGCAUUUUGUACAUGCACUUUAACUUGGGGCUCACGGCAUACAUAAUUGGAAACAUGACGAAUUUGGUGGUCCAUGGGACUAGUAAGACGAGGCGAUUUAGGGAUACCAUCCAAGCGGCUUCGGGUUUUGCACAGAGGAACCAAUUGUCCGCUCGACUUCAGGAUCAGAUGAUUUCGCAUCUGGUCUUGAAAUUCCGGACGGACUCUGAGGGGCUUCAGCAGCAGGAGACGCUCGACUCCCUCCCGAAAGCAAUUCGGGCGAGCAUUGCAAAUUACCUUUUCUACCCUCUCAUGGAUAACGCCUACUUGUUCCGUGGAGUGUCCAAUGAUUUACUCUUUCAACUGGUGUCCGAAAUGAGGGCAGAAUAUUUCGCUCCGAAGGAAGAUGUGAUCUUGCAGAAUGAGGCCCCCACGGACUUUUAUAUAAUUGCCAAUGGGGCAGUGGAGCUAUUGAUUUUGAGAAACGGGGUUGAACAGGCAAGUCUAGUUGUAGGGGAAGCCAAAUACGGUGAACUUUGUGGUGAGAUUGGUGUACUUUGUUAUAGGCCUCAAUUGUUCACGGUGCGUACGAAAAGGUUGACCCAGCUAUUACGACUCAAUCGUACAACAUUCCUGAAUAUUAUUCAGGCCAAUGUUGGAGACGGGUCAAUAAUAAUGAGUAAUCUCUUACAGCACUUGAAGGAAUUAAAGGACCCGAUAAUGGAAGGAGUUUUGUUAGAGACAGAGAACAUGAUUGCUCGGGGAAGAAUGGACCUACCCCUCACUCUAUCUUUUGCAGCACUCAGAGGAGAUGACUUGCUUUUGCAUCAAUUGCUUAAGCGAGGCUUGAAUCCAAAUGAGUUGGAUAAUGAUGGGAGGACUGCUCUUCAUAUUGCAGCAUCACAAGGCAACGACAACUGCGUGCGUCUUUUGCUCGAUUUUGGAGCCAAUCCUAACAGCAGAGAUUUACAAGGGAGCGUUCCGAUGUGGGAGGCCAUCUUCAGCGGCCACAAAACGACGGCCAAACUCUUGUCGGAAAACGGCGCCACACUCGCAUCAGGCGACGUCGGCCUAUUCUCGUGCACGGCCGCCGAACAAAACAAUCUGAAUGCACUAAAUGAGAUUGUCCGUCUCGGUGAGGACGUGACCCUGGCGAGUAAUCGCAACCGCCGCACGGCCCUCCACGCCGCCGUCUGUGAGGGAAACCACGAGACGACCAAAUUCCUCCUCGACCGUGGGGCCGACCCCGACACGCCCGACGGGGACGGGUGGACCCCACGGGACCUAGCCGACCAGCAAGGCCAGGAAAACAUUCAACAGCUCUUCAAAUCUCACGAGACGCGAACAAGAGUCGAGCCCAAGACGGCGGCUGCUGCAGCAAUAAUCUCCGAAAAGAGCCGUGGGGUGGGGUUCUUGGGGGGAUGCAAGAGCGAGCCGGCAAUGCCGCCGGCGGCCGGUCGGGACGAGUCGUGGGGUGGGUCCCGCCACAGGCGCCGGGAGACGGCGGCUGCGGCGACGGGCAGUUUCCACAAUUCUUUGUUUGGGGUCGUAUCGGCUGCUGCCCGUAACAGUUUGCAUCCUCCUCCGGGAUUGAGGGUGAGGAUGAGCUGCCCCGAUAAAGGGGAUUUUGGCGGGAAGCUUGUGCUGCUCCCGGAGAGCUUCGAGAAGCUUCUGGAAAUGGGGGCGAGGAGGUACGGCGGGGUUUUGCGGUGGAAGGUUCUGAGCGGCGAUGGGGCUGAGAUUGAGAGUUUGGAGGUUGUGAGAGACGGAGAUCAUUUGGUUUUCGCUGAGCGGGGAGAGGAUUGA